AACAGCUUUAACAGAGCUUAAAGCAGCGCCUGGGUAAGAGUAACAUCCAGGCACGUUUAGGCCGACCCAUAGGGACCUUGGCCAGGGGAGCAAUUGGAGGACGAGGCCUACCCAUAAUCCAGAGAGGCUUGCCAAGAGGAGGACUGCGUGGGGGACGUGCCACCAGAACCCUGCUUAGGGGCGGGAUGUCGCUCCGAGGUCAAAACCUGCUCCGAGGUGGACGAGCCGUAGCUCCCCGAAUGGGCUUAAGAAGAGGUGGUGUUCGAGGUCGUGGAGGUCCUGGGAGAGGGGGCCUAGGGCGUGGAGCUAUGGGUCGUGGCGGAAUCGGAGGUAGAGGUCGGGGUAUGGUAGGUCGGGGAAGAGGGGGCUUUGGAGGCCGAGGCCGAGGUCGUGGACGAGGAAGAGGUGCCCUUACCCGCCCUGUAUUGACCAAGGAGCAGCUGGACAACCAGUUGGAUGCAUACAUGUCAAAAACUAAAGGACAUCUGGAUGCUGAGUUGGAUGCUUACAUGGCUCAGACAGAUCCAGAAACGAAUGAUUGAAGCCUGCCUGCUUACCCUUCUACAAGAGACUUGUUAAAGUCAUCACAUCUGUAAAUAACUUUGAGAAAACAGAAGAUGAAACCUGAUGGAUGUUGGAAGGACCUAUAAUAGGCUAUGGACUUUUACCUGCCACCAGUUUGUGCGUUUUAGUGUGUUCAUUUUACUUUUUGAUACUGUGUUAUAUGAAACUUUUUCUCUUGAUUUGGUUAUUUUUGGGUUGUGUGACUUACGUGUUUUAUUUUCCCAUUCUCCCAGAAUUCUCUUUAAACAUGAAUGUUUUGGCUUUAUGGGCAGAACACUUUUCCUACCUCUGCCUUCCCUUACAUGUCAUAAGCUAUGGCAUUCUAACAUUUCCUCUGUUCAUCUUUGUGCUCCCCUAAAGGUGUCCCAGAGAGCCUUGAUUUCUCAAUAGAAUUCUGUUCUGCAUCCUCACUAAUAGCUUCUUAGAAGUAUUAAGAAAAAUACGAAGCUUACAAAUGCAGUCUGUGUCAGAAGUGUCAAGUAGUUGGAGACAUUGACACAGAGCCACAUUGUGGCAGCUUUGAUUUGAUGGAAAUUGGUGCAUUGGCACCACAUAGAUGGUAAUGAGUGUGCUGGGUUGUAUAUGCAUAGUUUUUAACCCCAAAUGAAAAUUUUAACUUUUCCUUUUGGUUUUGUAUCCUGCCCAAGAGGAUUGGGUUGUCUUGUACCCUCAGUAUAGAGGAAAAAGUCAUUUGGUUUGACAGAUAUGGCAGAAGGGAAAGGGACGGGAACGUGAUGACAACUCUGGGAGAAGGGGUUGAGCUAUACUGCUCUCAGAGUGAAAUGCAAUUAUCCUCACAUGUUCCAAGCUAUUGUUGGACUUAUCUACUUGGAUUUGUUUUACCCUCUCCCUUGAAGGUUUAAGUUCAACCAUAAUUGUCAACUUUUCAGUUUCAACAAAAUCUUGCAUUUCUAGUUAAUUAUAACAUUGUUCUCAUUCAACCAGGAUUUUCUCUUUCAUUUGUCAGUUUCUUUAAAUUGUGAUAGUCAUUUUUUAAUGAUGUCUUGAUCUAUCCUUUGUAUGGUUGAGAGUCCUUCUUAGUUGUAUUAAAAUUGAGGAGGAGAAGAGAAAAUGAAAA